CGGCGGCGGCGCGCGAGCGGCGGCGGUUGGUGCGCGCGCCACGAUGAGUGAAUCUCUGGUGGUUUGUGAUGUUGCCGAAGACCUGGUGGAGAAACUGAGAAAAUUCCGGUUUCGCAAGGAGACCAACAAUGCUGCCAUUAUAAUGAAAAUCGACAAGGAUAAGCAGUUGGUGGUGCUGGAUGAGGAGCAUGAGGGUAUUUCUCCUGAUGAGCUAAAAGAUGAGCUGCCCGAGAGACAACCUCGAUUUAUUGUGUAUAGUUACAAGUACCAGCAUGAAGAUGGAAGAGUUUCUUAUCCAUUGUGCUUUAUCUUCUCCAGUCCAGUUGGAUGUAAGCCUGAGCAGCAGAUGAUGUAUGCUGGCAGCAAGAAUAAGCUUGUACAGACAGCUGAACUCACUAAGGUGUUCGAAAUCAGAAAUACAGAAGACCUCACUGAAGAGUGGCUGCGUGAGAAACUGGGCUUCUUCCACUAAGGAAAACCUCUGUACUAAGUAUUUAUGUACCAUCCUGGUGACACUGGAACCAGACAUGAAUACUUACAUCCCAGCAAUGCACUGUAUUCACAGCUGUCUCCUGCAGUAUCUCUCUUGUGCAGAGUUUGUGCAAAGAAUAGCAGGUCUGUCUCCUUGAAGUAACAAAUCUUUGCAGGUGUUUCCUUAUUUGUACCUGCUAAAAGGGAAUACUCCUCUGCAGGGACUCCUUUUGCACUCUUGUGACUAAUAUUUCUGUGACUAAAAUAGUUCGGUUCUGGAUUUAUAACUAUGUACAAACAUCACUUGGAAGCUGACGCUAACUUUUUCUGAGCUACAACUGCAUCCUGAUGACACACGUUAGCCAUUUUUAUGCAGAAUUUGUGUACUGUCACUUACUUGUCAGGUUUUUUUGACUUAAUGUCUUCUCAGUUUUGAAAACUACUCCCUGGAAUCAUUUGGUAUUAAAAAGACAAAAUCCUUGUACAGCAAAUCCAUCCCUUUAUCUUUCCAUUGAGUCCAUGUGAACUGUCUCAAAUUCUUGGAACUAAUUUUUGUCAUUCCAGUAAUUCCUCAGUUGCCUGAGUCAAUCUUUCUAAAUUUCAGGGCAAAGCUUUGACUGUCCAGUUCUCCUGCUAAUACAGUCUCACAGGAACUAGCUGAUAACUAAGGGCUGAACUAUAACUCUGGUUCUUCUCAUACCAGAUUUCUUCUUGCAUCUCUAACUUCUGACACUGUUGAGAAGUUUACCUCUGCUCAUUUCCUGUUAUCUGAACACCUGGUGAUACUGUGUGCCUUUCAUUUGUUAGCUUUAAAAGGACUUGAGAAUUUUACACUGCCACUUCUUACAAAUUUGGUAAAAACUUUGUUAAAAAAAUCCGAGUAACGUUUGUUCCUAGUGCCUCGUGCUGCAGCUGACAUCUGUUAAAACAAAAAGCCAACCUCUUUUUCUUUGAAAUUCCAAUCACCUGCUCCAUUUGUAGGAGUCAAGAGGUUAAAGCUUUUCAUGAUAAUGAAUGAUUUAUAUCUCUUUUGUUAUGAAAGUUGGCCACACGUAGCUUUUGAGUACUUUAAUUACAAAUCUCUUAACUUUCUUAACCGCUCGUUGGUCAAAAUUACAUUCCAGAUGAAGCUUUUGCAUAAAGUGAUCAUUUGAUUCUCAUCUCUUUGAAACAGCAGAUCUUCUAAUGUGAAAAUAGUAUUUAACUUUUAUAAGUGACCAGUCUUUUUACAGGUCUGUUUUAUAUUGACUAGAGUAGUUGUCUGAGGUGGGACACGCUCAGCCCGUGCCGCGGCAGAAGGAGCACUCACGGGACAGUCUCUCGCUGUGAGUGUUUGUUGUGCUGCUGAACAAGUAUCUGCGUAAGAGCGGCUUCCUGUUGAUAACAUACCUUAAAAUACAGCUGCCCCAACCAAUCUGCUCGCUGGGAAGGAAUGCAGUGUUAAAUUUGGAGGCCAGUAUUUCAUGCUGUGAAACCUUUGCUGAAAGAAGGGUUAUUUUUUCGUUUGUGAACGUGCCCUGUGUUAGUGUUAAAACACUAAUUCCUGCAAGAUCACAAGGAAUCCAUUUGCAAAGGUCCUCAGUGUUGGUAAAUCUCUUCUUAGUUUGAUGUUAUUGCUCAUUUAUUUGUAUAUAAAUCUGACUUUGAGAGGAGCUUUUCAAAAUACGUGUUGGAAUGAUCCAAUUAAAUCGAUCUUUCGGUGCGGGAAAGAAAUGCUUGUAAUUAAAUUCCUGUGUUAACGUAGCGAACUGGAAAAACAAUUUCAUUUCCCUGGAUGAAAAGACGUUGAUUAUGAAACUGUUGCUUGAUCAUUCUGUACUGCAAAUCAAUAAAAACAAUGUCUUUUUGUGACAAACAUUGUAUAAACAAGACUUUGGCUCAAAGGAUAGCGUCAUUCCAAGCAUCAGCCUGGAAACAGCAGGAAGCUUGGGUGUUUUUGGGAUUGAGCUGGAGGUGAGGCAUGUCAAAGUACAGCGUGGGCGAGAGGGGAGCUGAUGCUUGGAACGUUCAGCUUGAUUUGCAGUGGGGAAAACUGGAUUAAUCGUCUUUGUUGUACUUUGUACACUGGUGGGCUGCCAGCAGCCAACUGCUGCCUGCACAGGUCUGCACAAAAAUAACUGUACCAGAGGCCUGUCUCAGGAGGAAAGGGAGGAGCUGCUGCAGUCAGAUGGUUCAGUUUGACUUCUCAUCUCUGGAUUGCUCCACCUUCGGCCAAGAAAACGCUGCUCCUUCCAGCUGCAUCUUCAGCAGAGUUCUUCCACUUCACAUGUUCUCGUGCCUCCACUUAAGCCCUUUCUGCCUUGGGUGCUGCCCCUCUGUUUGCUCUCUGCAAACAGACCCUGUGAGAAUUAAAGCCCAGUUUCUCCUGAGAGGUGAUGUUGGUGCUGCUCAGCCCACCAGUAUUACUCUCCAGCCAGCCUUGCCUGGCAGCUGUACCCCCUCCCCUCUCUGAGCUGUGGAAGCAGCUGUGGGUACUCAGAGGGUGUUUGCUGUUCCAGGCUUGUUCCUGGUCUCCUUGGUUUUCAUGCAGUGUUUUGACACAACUGUCUGCUGCUAAUUGUCCUGGGCUCUUGAGAUACAGGCAGUGCUGAUACCUGACUAAGCAAAGACAUUAAUUAUGUUCAGAUCUUUCCUGCGCCAAUACUACUUGUUUUCCCAACAUCCUUUUCCCACCUUAUCUGUAGAACUGUGUGUUCUGUGCUGCUGCCCCCCCAAACUCAGUGGGAGGCAGAUGAGUCCGUGUCCAGGCCAGUAUGUUCCAAUGUAAUCACACAAUUCUCUUACAUUUUCAGACCUCUGAAGAGGGAUCUAAAGGACAACACAAAUUAACCUGUGGGAGCCUUUGUAGCUAAAGGUCUGAGAGUCAGCAUUUUCCAUUGGGAGCUCCUAUUUUUCAGGAGUUAGUAAGUCGGCCUUAAAAUCCUUGGCCUGGAGUUAAAGGUCUCUCCAAGGGAGACUUCUGCCACAAUUAAUCAGGUUUGCUUUAAAUAUUGACUAGAUGGCUGGGACACAGCUCCUGUAGUCCAGUUCAUUGAUGGUAAGCUGAAUUAAAGCAUGAGUUUGCAUGUCAGCCCAUGAAAUGGACUUGUAGUGUUUGGAUAUUUUUAACAAGAAAAUGUAAAUGCUGGUAUUUUGAUGGCUUAAGUGUAUUUCUAGUAUCAUGAAUGCUAUUCUGAUCUAUCAAAGGAGGCAAUAAUGGAGGUGUUGACACCUUUAUCACUUCUCCAAAGGAGCAUCUUGUGCGCUUGUAGCAGGAUUCCAUUUUUGUAUCUUUAACUGUAAAAUAGCUGGUCCAGAAACGAUGUUAAACUGGUGACAGGGGCCUGACUCAAACAGGCAGAAGCAAGAGAGCUCAAUUCCUCACUUCAGUGCGCUCCAGAAAUAAAUAUCAUGCAACAUUUUUUCGGUACCACACGUAAUGACUGUGAAACAGAGCCAUGGUGGGACAUAGAGGGGGCUCAGUGAAACUCUUGCGUUUGUUCCAUGGUCCCAAAUCACUGUUGUAAAAGGUCUGUGAGGUUCAGGGCCAGGUCUGAGAAUUUGGCAGUUCCAUGAAAAUACCAGUAACCAGUACAACUUCCAUAUGCUGUUUAGUCUCUGCUAGUUCACACUGCAUGUGUACUUUAAACCAAAUCUUUUUUUUGCUAAGCAUGGUGCUUGUAUUGGUUUAAAUAAAAUGUUUCAUUAAGA